GUCACCCGCGCGAACCUGGCCUUCGAGUGGAGUGCAAGACCUUGCCGGGGUCCUGAGCCACAGGGCCUAUUGUCAUGUUUCUUUCGGGUGGGUGGGUUGGAGAAAAAGCCAUUUACGCGGGGUAGUUCAAAACGGCUUACACGGGAAUGUGGGGCCUGAGGUUACCUUUGUGGACUCACAGUAGGCGCUGUCCAGCCAUUUCCAAUCGACCUGAAUGUCUUCUCCUGGGUUCCCUCUGGAGAUUCGCAAGCUCAGGACUGUUUGUGUAACACCUGCCUAGGUUCACGGAGGGCCCUAGUUUCCGGGAUGGGGCGGUUGUGUGUUUGUGUAAACAUGCGCUCUUGCAAGUGUCAGUGCCUAGAGAGGGUCUGGGUACAAACGAGUUCAUGCUGCGCAUACCUAAUCCUUGUGCCUGAAUGCGUGGGUAUGUUAGGGGGGGCUCCAAGUGGACAGUUCUCUACAGGAAUGUCUAAAAACAGCCCCUCGAGAUCUUGUCUACCUUCGUCUUUCAGGAUUUUCAUAACCUCCCUCCCACCAGUCCCCUCCUUGCAAGCUGGACUUUUCCAUAUUGGGGCUACAUAGAUAGAAAUGUGUACUUGAGAACACUCAGCUCAAAACCCCAGGGUUUAUGGGGCUUGCAGGCGCGGGACCUGGGUUCGUAGGUGGACGCAUCUGGGAAGGUGAACCUGCGGAUAUAGGUCCUCAUCCCCAGCCCAGCUCAGCAUCUGCGAGCCUCCAGCCCAGGUGCGCAGGAGUAAAAGUCGCCGCGGUGCCGCGUAAAGCCCUGGGCGUCCGAAAGGUGGCGCCAUAGCCGCAGCAGCGUGCUGCCCCGGGCCACUCCAGAUAAGAGUGUGAGGAAAGCGCGGCAGGGCUGAGACGCGACCAGGACGCGGGGAGAACGGACCAGCAGGACAGACCGACCGGGGGCCCGGCGGGCGGAGGGCAGCGCAGCGCAGCCACGUCCCCCCUGGAUCCGCCGGCAGCCGGGCCCGGGGCUUCCGACAUGCCCCCCAGGAGAGUGUGCUGGGCAGACGAUGCUGGACACGAUGGAGGCGCCCGGCCACUCGAGGCAGCUGCUGCUGCAGCUCAACAACCAGCGUACCAAGGGCUUCUUAUGCGACGUGAUCAUCGUAGUGCAGAACGCCCUCUUCCGCGCGCACAAGAACGUGCUGGCGGCCAGCAGCGCCUACCUCAAGUCCCUGGUGGUGCAUGACAACCUGCUCAACCUGGACCAUGACAUGGUGAGCCCGGCCGUGUUCCGCCUGGUGCUGGACUUUAUCUACACCGGCCGUCUGGCUGACGGCGCAGAGGCAGCAGCGGCGGCAGCCGUGGCCCCGGGGGCCGAGCCAAGCCUGGGCGCCGUGCUGGCCGCUGCCAGUUACCUGCAGAUCCCUGACCUCGUGGCGCUGUGCAAGAAGCGUCUCAAGCGCCAUGGCAAGUACUGCCACCUGCGGGGCGGCGGUGGCGGCGGUGGCGGCUAUGCCCCCUACGGGCGGCCGGGCAGGGGCCUAAGGGCCGCCACGCCCGUUAUCCAGGCCUGUUACUCCUCCCCAGCGGGGCCUCCGCCACCGCCUGCGGCGGAACCGCCAUCGGGCCCAGAGGCCGCAGUCAACACGCACUGUGCGGAGCUGUACGCCUCAGGCCCUGGCCCAGCCGCCGCACUCUGUGCCCCAGAGCGCCGCUGCUCCCCUCUCUGUGGCCUGGACCUGUCCAAGAAGAGCCCCCCCGGCUCUGCGGCUCCCGAGCGGCCCCUGGGUGAGCGCGAGCUGCCCCCGCGCCCAGACAGCCCUCCCAGCACUGGCCCCACCGCCUACAAAGAGCCACCACUCGCCCUGCCGCCGCUGCCUCCACUACCCUUCCAGAAGCUGGAGGAGGCCGCACCGCCUCCGGACCCGUUCCGUGGCGGCGGUGGCAGCCCGGGACCCGAGCCCCCCGGCCGCCCCGACGGGCCCAGCCUCCUCUACCGCUGGAUGAAGCACGAGCCGGGUCUGGGUAGCUAUGGUGACGAGCUGGUCCGGGAGCGCGGCUCCCCCAGCGAGCGCCUGGAGGAGCGUGGUGGGGACCCGGCCACCUCGCCUGGGGUUCCUACGCUUGGCCUAGCACCACCUCCACGCUAUCAAGGAAGCCUGGACGUGCCUGUCACGGGCGGCGACGGCGACGACUACAAGAGCAGCAGCGAGGAGACUGGCAGCAGUGAGGAUCCCAGCCCGCCUGGCGGCCACCUCGAGGGUUACCCAUGCCCGCACCUGGCAUAUGGCGAGCCUGAGAGCUUCGGUGACAACCUGUACGUGUGCAUUCCUUGCGGCAAAGGCUUCCCCAGCUCAGAGCAGCUGAAUGCGCACGUGGAGGCUCACGUGGAAGAGGAGGAAGCGCUGUAUGGCAGGGCUGAGGCGGCUGAAGUGGCUGCGGGCGCCGCCGGCCUAGGGCCCCCUUUUGGCGGUGGUGGGGACAAGGUCGCUGGGGCUCCGGGUGGCCUGGGAGAGCUGCUGAGGCCAUACCGAUGCGCGUCGUGCGACAAGAGCUAUAAGGACCCGGCCACGCUGCGACAGCACGAGAAGACUCACUGGCUGACCCGGCCCUAUCCGUGCACCAUCUGCGGGAAGAAGUUCACGCAGCGUGGGACCAUGACACGCCACAUGCGCAGCCACCUGGGCCUCAAGCCCUUCGCCUGCGACGCGUGCGGCAUGCGCUUCACGCGCCAGUACCGCCUUACGGAGCACAUGCGCAUCCACUCUGGCGAGAAGCCCUACGAGUGCCAGGUGUGUGGUGGCAAGUUCGCACAGCAACGCAACCUCAUCAGCCACAUGAAGAUGCACGCCGUCGGUGGCGCGGCCGGAGCGGCCGGGGCGCUGGCAGGCCUAGGAGGGCUACCUGGCGUUCCUGGCCCCGAUGGUAAGGGAAAGCUCGACUUCCCCGAGGGCGUCUUUGCUGUGGCCCGCCUCACAGCUGAGCAACUGAGCCUGAAGCAGCAGGACAAGGCGGCUGCUGCCGAGCUGCUGGCGCAGACCACGCACUUCCUGCACGACCCCAAGGUGGCGCUCGAGAGCCUCUACCCGCUGGCCAAGUUCACCGCGGAGCUGGGCCUCAGCCCCGACAAGGCCGCCGAGGUGCUGAGCCAGGGCGCUCACCUGGCCACCGGACCCGACGGCAGGACCAUCGACCGUUUCUCUCCCACCUAGAGCGCCCCUUGUCAGCCUGCCCUGUCGCUGCUGUGGGCCUGGCCCGCACCCCUAGGCAGAGGCAGCGGCAGAGAGCAGGCACACCGCGCCCGCCCGGGGUACAACUGUAGUAGCAGCCGCAGCGACUCCUCAGUGGCUGCCCCACCUCUCUGCGGCCUCACCUGGCCUCACUGCUUUGUGCCUUAGCCCGGGGGUAGGGGGAAACCCCGGGACGGGGGUGGGAUGGGGGAAGGGAGAUUUAUAUUUUUGAUAUCAGCAUUGACCAAAGGAGACCCCCGGCCUCUCCCGCCUCUUUCUGUGGUUCAUUGGCCCCCUCCCCCAGCUCCGUGCUGCUCUUAGGGGGAGGGGUGUCACUGUUGGGGCACUCUGAGCCCUACCUCCGGCCCUUGCGACCACACCCAUUCUCACUGUGAAUCCCCCUGCUGGGGUCGGAGCGUCGGGCCGAGCUAGGGAGUGGGGAGGGGACUGAGCCGGCCGGAGGGCCCCGCCCCCACUCCCGCCCGCCCCGGGACUGAUAAUGUGAAGUUCCUCAUUUUGCACAAGUGGCACUAGCCCCAGGGCCAACUCUUCCCUCCUCGACCACCAAGGGCGGGAGUUCUGGAGUCAGAGGGCUAAGACAGCCCUGGCCUACCAGGCCUCCCACUCCCGAGGUGUCCCCCUCCCUUCCCUGGGGCCCCGGACCAUAUUUAUUGCAUGCGCCCCGGGCAGCCCCCCAUCCCGAGCCCAGACUGGGCUGGGCUGGACCGCCGUCUCUUUAGCUCCCUCCUCUUCGUUUGUAUAUUUCCUACCUUGUACACAGGCUCUUCCAGAGCCGCUUCCAUUUUCUAUACUCAACCAAACAGCAAUAAAUCAGUAACCAAGGA